UGCUAACCGGCCUCCAUCUACACGACACACAGUGUGAAAGUGAGAGAGGGCGCGCGCUCAAACAGCCGCAAAUAACACCACCGUGUUACGUAGUGUGUUAUAUAGUUGUUGUUGAGACAACAAUUACCCCUAUCACAGCGUCAUCGAGUACUGUGCGGACACACAUUGUUCGAGUUUACCCGCGGGUCUCUUGUCGUAUGUCAAGACUUGCCGCGAGUGUACUGUUUGUGACGUUUUUUUAUUUCAUUGCGACUCGAUACAUUGUUUUUUAUUUGAUCUUAAAGAUUGUGACUUACUCAUUAAAAGUGAUCCGUUGGCAGACAUUACGGUGAUGCAACAGUGCUCCAAAGUUGAUUGGAGUGAAGUAGUGUAAUUAAAUUAUUUUAGAAAAAAAUUAGAAACAAUUGUGAAAAUUAGUGAACAAUAAGUGUAGUGAUAGACGCGGUCCAAGCACCAAAGACAUUUAUAAUAGUCUGCAUUCAUCCAUGCUUCGAGUUUGACAGGCAAGUGGUGAAAUAAACUUUGUCAUCUCUAUGACAAUGCUUCAAUCGCAAAAGCUGUACAGCGAGGCUGGCAGCCUCGGUAAUGCUAUGACAAGUGCGACGAUGUCAAGUAUGGGUAGCAUGGCGCCAACAUACAGUUCUAUCAACUCUAUGGGAUGUGUACCUAUGGGUAUGUCAAUGGGAGUCGGAGUUGGACCGAGUUGCAGUCCUCAAGGAGCUAGUUCUUUCAACAUGAGUACCAUGAGUCCAAUGGGAAUGGCAUCAAUGGGAGGAGGUGGAAUGGGUGGCUAUGGAGCCGCUGGAAUGGGUGGUGGCAGCGCUUGUAUGACACCCGUCGGAUACGUUGGCGGAGCUGCAACAGGCCGAGAUCCAUUGUCUUUAGCCGAGCCUGAUUCACCUAAUUCUGCACUUCAACGUGCACGAAAUGACAAGUCUUACAGACGUAAUUACACCCACGCUAAACCACCAUAUUCUUACAUUAGCCUCAUUACUAUGGCUAUCCAGAAUGCACCAACAAAGAUGCUGACGCUUGCUGAAAUUUAUCAAUUCAUCAUGGAUCUCUUCCCUUUCUACCGGACAAAUCAACAGCGCUGGCAAAACUCCAUCAGGCAUUCUCUCAGCUUCAAUGAUUGUUUUGUGAAAGUUGCAAGAACUCCAGACAAACCUGGUAAAGGAUCAUUUUGGACACUUCAUCCUGAAAGUGGAAAUAUGUUUGAAAAUGGAUGUUAUUUAAGACGACAGAAGCGUUUUAAAGAUGAGAAGAAGGAACAACAAAGACAAAGCAAUAAACAUCAACAACACCCACAUCAUCAAUCCGGUGCUACUGGUCACACGAGUCCUACAUCUCAUGAGCUCGCUCAUGUAGGUAAAAAGACAGCCUCUUCAAUUCAUCAUUCUGUUAACCAACAGCCUGAUGAUAAAGAUCUUCAUUCUCUUGUGUCAUCUCAUCAUCACCACGCGACGGGUCUUCAUCAACACCAUGGUGGUCUCAAAAGUGAUGCUAACGAUAUUGGAGGAUUAUUAGGCGGUGAUCUUGGUGCUACUCAUGAUGAGCUUGCAGCUAUGGUUGGACGUAGUUUACAUCCUCAUCUAUUGACUGAUCCUUCGGCUUUACACCACGGCAUGGCUGGUAGUCUUAAGCAAGAACCUCCUUAUACUGCAGCUAAUCAUCCAUUCAGCAUUACCAGGUUACUUCCUGGUGAAACAGCCGCCACAUCGCCUGGUGCUCAGGAUAGAAAGCAUCCGGAUCUCAAAAUGUAUGAACAGCUUCAUCAAAGUUAUGCUAAUUACGGAUCUCCUCAUCAUCACGGGCAUUCUGGUCCACCAUCUCAUCACCAUCAUAAUGGAAUGCAUUCUAGUUCCAAUCCAGUCGCUACAAUGCAUAAUAUGACAAAUCAUCAUCAAGAAUAUUAUCAACCACCUCUUUAUCAUCACGCAACUAGUGUAACAACCGCCGGAAGCAUUCCACCAAGUGUUUCAUCGUCAGGAUUGUGAUAUCAAGCCUCACAUCCGUAUGCCCUCGCCUAAGUUAACUAACUAAGUGAAGUUAGGUAAUUACCGUCGCCGCGGCCCACCCCGAGUAGAAUUUUCUUCUGGGAAAGAGAAUAUUAAUAUUAAUAUUAUAUAAUUAAAUAUGUAAAUUUUUAUUAAAUAAAAAAAUCUAAGUUGAAAAAAA